AUGUUGGACCCGUCCUCCAGCGAGGAGGAGUCGGAGGAGCUGGCGGAGGAGGAGAGCAGCAAGGAGGUGCUGGCCCCGGCCCCCGCCGGCGCGCGCCUCUCGCCCAGCCGCACCAGCGAGGGCGCCGGGCCGGGGGCCGGGCUGCAGCCCGGGGGCCGGCCCGGCGGCGGCGGCGGGGCGGGCGGCGGCGGCGGCGGCGCCCGGCCUUCCAGCCCCAGCCCGUCGGUGGUGAGCGAGAAGGAGAAGGAAGAGCUCGAGCGGCUGCAGAAGGAGGAGGAGGAGAGGAAGCGGCGGCUGCAGCUCUACGUCUUCGUGAUGCGCUGCAUCGCCUACCCCUUCAACGCCAAGCAGCCCACCGACAUGGCCCGCCGGCAGCAGAAGAUAAGCAAGCAGCAGCUCCAGAUAGUCAAGGAUCGUUUCCAAGCAUUUCUCAAUGGAGAAACGCAGAUUGUGGCUGAUGAAGCUUUUAUUAAUGCAGUCCAGAGCUAUUUCGAGGUGUUUCUGAAAAGCGAUCGCGUGGCCCGGAUGGUGCAGAGCGGGGGUUGUUCUGCAAAUGACUCCCGAGAAGUUUUCAAGAAGCACAUUGAGAAGAGGGUGCGCAGCCUGCCUGAGAUCGACGGCCUCAGCAAGGAAACGGUUCUCAGCUCUUGGAUGGCAAAAUUCGAUGCUAUUUACCGCGGCGAAGAGGAUCCACGCAAACAGCAGGCCAGGAUGACUGCCAGUGCUGCCUCGGAGCUGAUCCUCAGCAAGGAACAGCUGUACGAAAUGUUCCAGAACAUCUUGGGAAUCAAGAAAUUUGAACAUCAGCUGCUUUACAAUGCCUGUCAGCUGGAUAAUCCAGAUGAGCAAGCUGCACAGAUCAGACGAGAGUUAGACGGACGCCUUCAAAUGGCAGAUCAAAUUGCCAAGGAGCGUAAAUUUCCGAAAUUUGUAUCCAAAGAAAUGGAAAACAUGUUUAUCGAGGAGCUGAAGUCUUCUGUCAAUCUGCUGAUGGCAAACUUGGAAAGCAUGCCAGUGUCCAAAGGCGGCUCUGAGUUCAAGUUACAGAAGCUAAAACGCAGCCACAACACCUCAAUAAUUGACCUGGGAGAAGAAAAUGAAAACCAGCUUUCAAAGUCAGAUGUUGUGCUGUCUUUCUCCUUGGAGGUCGUCAUAAUGGAAGUGCAGGGUCUAAAAUCCUUAGCUCCAAACCGCAUCGUUUAUUGCACUAUGGAAGUAGAAGGUGGAGAGAAACUGCAGACUGACCAAGCAGAAGCUUCGAAACCAACCUGGGGCACUCAAGGUGACUUUUCUACAACGCACGCACUUCCCGCAGUGAAGGUGAAGCUGUUUACAGAAAGCACUGGAGUGCUGGCUUUAGAGGACAAAGAACUUGGGCGGGUGGUUCUUCACCCUACUCCGAAUAGCCCGAAACAAUCAGAGUGGCACAAAAUGACAGUUUCCAAAAACUGCCCAGAUCAAGAUCUAAAGAUCAAACUUGCAGUCCGAAUGGAUAAACCUCAAAACAUGAAGCAUUCUGGAUACUUAUGGGCCAUUGGUAAAAACGUUUGGAAGAGAUGGAAGAAACGGUUCUUUGUGCUGGUCCAGGUUAGUCAAUAUACGUUUGCUAUGUGCAGUUACCGGGAGAAAAAAGCUGAGCCUCAGGAACUACUGCAACUUGACGGAUACACAGUGGACUACACUGACCCACAGCCAGGUUUGGAGGGUGGCAGAACAUUUUUCAAUGCAGUGAAAGAAGGAGACACAGUGAUUUUCGCAAGCGAUGAUGAACAGGACCGUAUCCUGUGGGUUCAAGCCAUGUACCGGGCCACCGGCCAGUCCCACAAACCUGUGCCACCAACCCAAGUUCAAAAGCUUAAUGCUAAGGGAGGAAAUGUUCCCCAGCUAGAUGCCCCAAUCUCUCAAUUUUAUGCAGAUAGAGCUCAAAAGCAUGGCAUGGAUGAAUUUAUCUCUUCCAACCCCUGUAACUUUGACCACGCUUCACUCUUUGAGAUGGUUCAGCGCCUCACUUUGGACCACAGACUUAAUGAUUCGUAUUCUUGUCUGGGCUGGUUCAGUCCUGGCCAGGUAUUUGUGCUAGAUGAGUAUUGUGCACGUAAUGGAGUCAGAGGCUGUCACAGACAUCUCUGCUACCUCAAAGAUUUACUAGAACGAGCAGAAAACGGAGCUAUGAUUGACCCCACCUUGCUUCACUACAGCUUUGCCUUUUGUGCAUCACAUGUUCAUGGCAACAGGCCUGAUGGAAUAGGAACUGUAACUGUAGAAGAGAAAGAACGUUUUGAAGAAAUCAAGGAGCGGCUCCGCUUGCUUCUGGAGAAUCAGAUCACCCAUUUUAGGUAUUGCUUUCCAUUUGGCCGACCCGAAGGUGCGUUGAAAGCUACUCUAUCCCUGCUGGAAAGGGUUCUGAUGAAAGACAUAGUUACUCCUGUCCCUCAAGAGGAGGUAAAAACAGUCAUCCGUAAAUGCUUGGAGCAAGCUGCUUUAGUCAACUAUACUAGACUAUCAGAGUAUGCCAAAAUUGAAGAAAAUGUAGGCCGGUUAGUCACUCCUGCCAAAAAGCUAGAAGAUACAAUACGUCUGGCAGAACUGGUAAUUGAAGUUCUACAGCAGAAUGAAGAACACCAUGCAGAGGCAUUUGCGUGGUGGUCAGACUUAAUGGUUGAACAUGCAGAAACCUUCCUGUCAUUGUUUGCGGUGGAUAUGGAUGCUGCGUUAGAGGUGCAAGCCCCAGACACGUGGGACAGCUUUCCACUAUUUCAGCUCCUAAAUGAUUUCCUCCGUGCUGACUAUAAUUUGUGCAAUGGAAAAUUCCACAAACACCUUCAAGACCUGUUUGCUCCACUUGUUGUUAGAUAUGUCGAUCUGAUGGAGUCCUCAAUUGCACAAUCAAUUCACAGGGGCUUUGAGCGGGAAUCAUGGGAGCCAGUAAAGAGUUUAACAAGUAAUCUGCCCAAUGUGAAUCUACCAAAUGUGAAUCUCCCUAAAGUACCAAAUCUACCAGUUAACAUCCCACUAGGCAUCCCACAAAUGCCUAGCUUUUCUGCACCGUCAUGGAUGGCUGCUAUAUAUGAUUCUGACAAUGGAUCAGGAACCUCUGAAGAUCUGUUUUGGAAACUUGAUGCCCUACAGACCUUCAUUCGGGAUUUACACUGGCCUGAGGAAGAAUUUGGAAAGCACCUAGAACAGCGUCUAAAACUUAUGGCAAGUGACAUGAUCGAGUCUUGUGUUAAGAGAACCAGGAUUGCAUUUGAAGUAAAGCUGCAAAAAACCAGUCGAUCAACAGAUUUCCGAGUCCCUCAGUCAAUAUGCACCAUGUUUAAUGUUAUGGUUGAUGCCAAAGCUCAAUCAACAAAACUUUGCAGUAUGGAAAUGGGCCAAGAGCACCAGUACCAUUCAAAAAUAGAUGAACUAAUUGAAGAAACCGUCAAAGAAAUGAUAACACUCUUAGUGGCAAAGUUUGUCACCAUUCUGGAAGGAGUCCUGGCCAAACUGUCCAGAUACGAUGAAGGGACAUUGUUUUCUUCUUUUUUGUCAUUUACUGUGAAGGCGGCUUCCAAAUACGUCGAUGUACCUAAGCCGGGGAUGGAUGUUGCUGAUGCCUAUGUGACAUUUGUUCGCCACUCUCAGGAUGUCUUGCGUGAUAAGGUCAAUGAGGAGAUGUAUAUAGAAAGGUUAUUUGAUCAAUGGUACACCAGCUCGAUGAAUGUCAUUUGCACCUGGCUGACAGACCGCAUGGACCUGCAGCUUCACAUUUACCAACUGAAAACUCUUAUUAGGAUGGUAAAGAAAACCUAUAGAGAUUUCCGAUUGCAAGGAGUGCUGGACUCCACCCUAAACAGCAAAACCUAUGACACCGUGCGAAACCGGCUGACUGUAGAAGAAGCCACAGCGUCCGUUAGUGAAGGCGGAGGUCUUCAGGGAAUCACAAUGAAGGACAGUGAUGAAGAAGAUGAAGAGGAUGAUUAGAUAAUUCUGGUCUAGAGGCCCACGUGGUGGUGGCUUCUUCGCCAGUGCAUGUACCUAGUCUGUUGUUCAGUUAGCCACAUUAGGAAUUUUUCUGUCAGCUCUAAAUACCCAUGAGAAGUUUACCAAUACAAUUGCCAUUUAGCUGUGUGGUAAUAAGAUUAGCACCUCUGUUUGAUUCAUUGGUUUCCUAAUUUCAUAUCUCUAUGUUCAUAAGCAAUAUGGAGCACCAUUGUUUAAUACUGUUAAUGGAAAACUACAUAGAAUACAUGCUAGGUGUGUCCCUGUUAUAAUUAAAGUUUAAACAAUGCUUCAUUAAUGUACUGUAUAUACAUUGAUGGUAAAUUGUUGUGAAGAUGAGUGAAUCAAGUACUUUCAUUUCUUUGUUUCUCUUCUGUGGAUGCCAACUGCUUAAAAUGAAUAAAAACAGCUUUGUUUUUAAAAGAAAAGUGAGGCUGUUACAAAUGAGUUUUUUUUGUUCUCUGUUCAUUUUUUUUUAAAUCCAGCUGUUUGAAUCAUUCUGCAUCCCAGUUAAUAAACCAUACGCUUCUCCUUAAAGAUACAGUGAACUCCAUCGAGGGUAUGUACCAAUGGAUUAGUAAUUCUGAUUGCCACCACAGGUCAAUCCUAGCCUAGUGGAUACAUUCAUGCCAUGGUACAGUCCAAAGCAGUUGUUUUAUGUCAACAUUUGCCCCUCUAAAUGUUACAUCUUGUUUGUUUCAAGUAUCUGUGUAUGUAAAAAGGCAACUUUACUUACAACCCUAGAUUACAAAGACGUGUUUAUAAUAAUAUAGGAACAUUUACUCCAGUAGACUGUUACUAUAACUUAAAUUCCUUUGUUCACAAUGUUUUUUUAUAUAUGUCAUGUACAUUGCAUUUUGACCAGUAACUGCAUGUCCCCGAUUCCCCCCUCCAGAAGCUGUGUAAAAUAGUGGAUCCAUUUUGCUUUGGCCUUUUACAAGCCGACAGUUGUAAACGUGUGGGAACUGUGGCUUUUCAAUAAAUGACUAUUCAGAUGU